CUCAGUUCGCCUCGAUAUAGCUGUUGAUGACUGCGUUCCUCUUUCGUUUCUUUUCUUCCGUAAUUUCAUCCGGUCCGCGAAAUUAUCGCAAUGGAGACUGAAUGUAUGUAAUAGGAGUUUUGCUUGAGAAGUAAAGGAACGUUUUGACGCGGCGAUCGCUGCCUCAAAAAAAAACAACGAAGAGGAAAUUCGAAGAACACAUAUUGCAACCUCAUGAAGCAACCACCAUGACCAUGAUUUUGCGAACAUGUCUUUGUCUCAAUCUUUUGACGGCGUCGGCGCUCUGUUUAACGGCGGACGAAAUUGAGGCCCAGAGAAGCGGUUGGAACUUAAAUCCCAAUACGCAGUAUCACAUUCAGACUGAUGAGGGUCCGGAGAGAUUUUUUCGCUUUCAAACAUCGAAUGGCCAGUAUAGGAAAGAGAAAAGAUUGGCUGAUGGUACAGUGAUCGGCACUGAAGGCUGGUUAGAUCCUCUUGGAUAUUUACGACUGAAGGAUUACAUCGCGGACCACGAGGGAUUUCGAAUUUUAAAGUCAAAAAUGGUUUAUGUCGGUAAAGAUCGACCUAUUCAGGACGCGGUGGCGGAAGCAAAGAAGACUCCAGCGCAGACUGGAAUCUUAGCCAGGCCCAAAAGGCCACCAAAUCCUUUCAGACGACCAGAUUCUAAUGCCAUCGUGCCGCUGUCUGGCAACGACAUUACUUCCGGUUAUUACGCUCCGACGACUAUCAGACCCCGACCGAUUUCGAGAAACAAUUAUUAUUCUAGUCGAUCAGGCUACCCUUCUGAACUUCAGAAUCUGGACAUUUAUCAUCAACCACAUGCUAUGUAUUAUCGCGAAUCCGCAGUUCGACCACCAACUCAGAUUCUCGAAGCUCCAUACGAUCCUGCUAUCGGAAGUUCCUCCCUCAAGCCAAGCUAUCAAUCGCCAAGUGUUUCUCGAAACGAUUUCCCGUCAUAUGACGGCACUCAUACCACAGCGAAUGGUUUCCAGUAUUAUUUAAGAAGGCAAUAUCAUGAGGAAGAAAGGGAGCCUGAAGGCAACAACGUCGGCUCUUUCGGUUAUAUCGAUCCAUUUGGUAUUAGACGGGUGAUUUAUUAUAAAACGGAUCCGUUCUCCGGUGGAUUCCUCCAUAAAAAGAACAAUCGAUACGUCGGUUUCAACGCGACGCCAUACGAUCCACUUCCGCCUGAUCUGUCCAGGACACGACUCUUGAGAGCUCUCCCGACGAGCGCUUCGUAACAGUUCCGUCAUUAUUCAUUGCUUUGCCACGUUGUAGCAUCACAUGUUAUCGCGAAGAGUUCAUUCAAUAUCGCGUCGACGCUGGGUUUCGCUACGCUGAACGGCCUUGGUUCGAUGAUCUCGAC